CCCACCAUCGAGGACACCUACCGCCAGGUCAUCAGCUGCGACAAGAGCGUCUGCACCCUGCAGAUCACCGACACCACCGGCAGCCACCAGUUCCCGGCCAUGCAGCGCCUCUCCAUCUCCAAGGGCCAUGCCUUCAUCCUGGUCUUCUCCGUCACCAGCAAGCAGUCCCUGGAGGAGCUGAAGCCCAUCUACCAGCAGAUCGUGCAGAUCAAGGGCAGCGUGGAGAGCAUCCCCAUCAUGCUGGUGGGCAACAAGUGCGACGAGACCCAGCGGGAGGUGGAGAGCAGGGAGGGGGAGGCCAUGGCCAAGGA